GUAAUCCGUAUCGCUGCACGAGUGCCCUGCAAGUGCGCGGUGCCGCCCGCGCGCUCCCCCAGGCCCCGCCCUCCCGCUGCCGCCGCCGCCAUGGCGGUGUUCGUGACGCGGCGGAUCCCGGCCGAGGGGCUACGGGCGCUGUCGCAGGCGGGAGGGUGCCGUGUCCAGCUGUGGGACUCGGAGGAGCCGGUGCCGCGGGCGGAGCUGCUGGCGGGGGUUGCGGGGAAGCGCGGGCUGCUGUGCCUGCUCUCCGACCGCAUCGACCGCGAGGUGCUGGAUGCUGCUGGGCCCAACCUGAAGGUGAUCAGCACAAUGUCCGUGGGAUUUGACCACCUCGCCCUGGACGAAAUCAAGCAGAGAGGGAUCCGCGUGGGGUAUACCCCCGACGUCCUGACUGAUGCCACUGCAGAGCUUUCCGUGGCUUUGCUCCUGUCUGCGUGCCGCCGGCUGCCAGAGGCAGUGGAGCAGGUGAAGAGUGGUGGCUGGACAACAUGGAAGCCCUUGUGGAUGUGUGGCUAUGGUCUGUCUGAUAGUACGGUGGGCAUCAUAGGACUGGGGAGAAUAGGACAGGCAAUCGCCCGCCGCCUGAAGCCAUUUGGAGUCAAGAAGUUUUUGUACACUGGCAGUCGGCCAAAACCAGAGAGUGCAGCGGAGUUUGAAGCUGAGUUUGUGCCACUCACGAGGCUGGCUGAAGAGUCGGACUUCAUUGUGGUGACGUGUGCUUUGACUCCAGACACCCAGGGAAUGUGCAACAAGGAAUUUUUCAGCAGAAUGAAGAAGACUGCUGUGUUCGUCAACACAAGCAGGGGUGCUGUGGUAAACCAGGAGGACCUGUACAACGCACUGGCCCAAGGACAGAUUGCAGCAGCAGGUCUGGAUGUCACAACACCAGAGCCGCUGCCCACUGACCAUCCCCUGCUCUCUCUCAAGAACUGUGGAGCAGUGCCCUCACUGACCUGAACACCUCUCUGCAUCCAGCCCAGAGGGACGUCGCAGGAACAAGGUCUGAGCACCACGGGCAGCCCUCUCCUCCCCACCUGGCCAGCACUGACUGAGCAAAGUGUCAGAUGCUGCAGAUGGCCUGGGACCCUCAGCUGGUACAAACUCUGCACACACCGGCUGGCACCUCCCUGCCCUGGCUGUGCCUGGAGAUGCUGCACACCUGUCCAGCACCCACGCUCCUGGGGUGGAAGGAGCCUUCCUCACGUGGUCCAAAGACUUCCACCACACUGAGCACCUUGGUGAGAGCCGCUCAUGCCCAUGGAAACUGCACUGAAAAAAAGUGAGAAGUAACAUGAAGCCUUGGCUGCUGGACAAACCAGGGACGGGUGCUUUUUUGAAAUCAUAGAAUAGUUUGGGCUGGAAGGGAGCUUAAAGAUCAUGUAGUUCCAACCCCUCUGCCAUGAGCAGGGACAUAUACCACUAGAAAUGAUACCACAGAGGAAUGGGGAGAGGAGGCUGCAAGAGCCACAGGGAAAGCAUCUCACUGGCAGCGCAGGAGCUUGCUCCUAGUGCUCCCAGCAGCACUGCCAGCAGCUCCUCUGCACCAAGCUCCAGGCAUGGGACAUUGGCAUCCACAAGCCAGGAGAAGCCUUGCAGCCCCUCCUGGAGGCCCAACAGUGCCCCAUGCACCUCACCACUUCCCUCCCAGUGCGCUGGGCACAAGGCAAGUGGCGGGCACUGCCAGAGAAGGCAGAGCCUGGAGACAGUGAGCCAUGGGCUGCAGCUGGACUGACAGAGAAGAGCCUCUGGAGCAAAGCCCAGGAUGGUGAUCUGCCACAACGUGCCUGAACCACUCAAUUCAGUGUUUGUUAUUGUGCAGCACAGGAUGGUCUCUGGCAAGGGUGAGAGGAAAUGUGUGAGUCCGCGCCUCCAAGAGCCGCAGCGUGCUGCAUUCUCCAACUCACAUCCUGUAUAAAAGCUGAGCAGGGUGCUGCAUGAUAAUCCAAAACAUUUCUUAAGAGAUGAGAGGACAGCAGCUGGCAGCAUCCCCAGUCUGGUGCAGGGGGGAGCAGAGAGACACAGAGAAAAGCCUGUGCUUGGGAACUGAAGUCCAUCCAGUACACUCCAUACUUCUCUUUCUGUCACAAAGCCAUUCAUGCUGAAUUCUCUGCUUGAAUUUCUCUGGAUGUUAAUUGAACCAUACUGUGAUAGCAAUAAUAGUUAUUGGAAGACGUUCACUAAUUAGUUAUUGAUGCUGGCUACUUAACGGAAGACCUUUGCUUCAUGCCUCAGUGAGCAGCUGACAUGUUUAUCAAUACAUUUUGAUUCACAAGCACUGAUGAUCGCUGUACGCUUGCCCAUCACAUCCCGAAACUGUUUGGGAAGUUCCUAAUGAGACCUCUGCUGACCAAGGAAAGGGUUUUUUAGCUCUGGUGUGAACAGGAAGGGAGUCCUGAGUACAUUAACUGGCUGGAAAGUUUCCAAUUGACGUAACAGAAACCAGAAGGAUUUACCUCGGUGUGGAAACCUUGGCUGUGUUGCAUAGGCACACAUCCACCAGGUCGGUUUGCCAGUCUGUGUGGUUUUUUAGUUUGACACUGAAGAUUUUGGCAGUGGUGAAGUUACUGUAAUGCAGAAGAAUGUUGACUAAAUAUCUAAGAGGUUAUUGUGAUGCCUAAUAUUGCAAGAAAUAGUAAAGUCCAAAUGAACUGGUCUCUGUGCACUGGUAUUUGAUUCCCUGAGUGCAUUAAGAAAUAGACAGGAGGUUGUAAAUAAGGCUGCCAGAGCUGCCGAAGCUGCUGUCACGCCUUGCAAUUCUCUAAGAACAAUACCUUCUACAGCUGUGGAACAUUUUGCUCUGCCAGCAGAAACCAUCCAUAUGCCCUUACUGAAAAGACUUUUUUCAGAAGUACUUAAGGCCUGUGAAUUGUAAAAUGUUAACCUUCUCUAUCUGCCCUGCUUGGAGGAACCUGUCAGUUUUUAGGCAUAUCUGAGCGUGGCUGGUCAGAGCUGAGCCUGCCAACCGCAAAGCACAGAAAAGCCUUUCAGAGUCUCUGGCCAAGGCCAAAUGCCUCUGAACAGGAUUUCUUGCUUAGCGAGCUCUGGGCACACACCAUGCCAACAACCACGAGUCAAAGCUUUGUGCCACCAGCAGCUACACAGCCCGUCAAUGCGGCAAGCUGCAGGGGCUCCAGAUCACUGCAUCAGCAUCUUACCACAAGGAAUUCAGCAGGCAGCGGUGACAGUGGAUUAUGGAUUUUACAGAUGUCACGUAGUUAUUAUUCCAGUAACCACGAUAAUAAUCACUUACAAAGUACAUUUUCUACCAGGAAUAAAAUUGUUACUGACUAAAGCACAGGUUUUCACCAUCAGUCCUUGACAAGAACAAGUGUUUCUUUAUGUUAAAGGGUAACAAUCACUUCGCAGAUGUCUUCUGAGUGGCAUCUUUUGGUGGUUCUUUGGCUGACAGUGGUGGUGCAAACAAGGAGACUUGCACUCACCUGCUAUGAGAGAAGCAGCAUUUCUUCAUUCCCCAUGUGCUCACAGCCGAAGGAGCCUGCAGCACAGAGGGAAGAGGCACAGGAAAGCCGUCCUUCUGGACAGGCGGCUGGUGGCUGUGGAGGUGGGUGUCACACCUGCUUUUUUCAGCCACCAGCAUUGUUCAGCCCCCUGGAAAUAAGCAGCAAAGGUGGCAACUGCCACAGAAGCGAGAGCAUCCACUGCAGCCAUUUCACACUCAAAGCACAAACUGUUGUUCCACCAGCCAUUCCCAGGGGUCCUGAACAGGGGAAUCCUGCUGCGGGCUGGGGGUGUUUCACAAGCAAGAGAUUCCCAUGGGCUGACCUAGUCAGACUACAGUGGAACCUGCUGGAAGCCACCGAUGCACAUGACCUGCAGGGGCCAUCCGCAGGGACAACCAGCAGAGGACAGAGCGCGCAGCCAAGCCUCUGCACAAGUUUUCCAAAGGGAAGCUUUCCCACAGACUUUCCACAACUGUUUUCUCUGGCAGGAACAGCAAGCCUUUAAAAGUGAUUCCACAGAGAAAUGCGAGGCCUCAGCUGAGAACACACAUCAACAAACACAGAGACACAGAUGCAGCACUGAUGUACAGCUCCCGCCACUGACAUCUGACAUCCGUUCAGUUGUUCCUUCUUACAGGGAGCUGAAAAUUAAGAAAAAAUAAGAGUGCAACACAGCCUGUAAAUUACAGACUACUGCUUUUAUGCUUUUUCACUAGCUGUUUAACUACCUUGAUGUCUGUUCAAGACAUGAAUUACACUAUCAUAUCACACAAUCUAGCACUAAUACAUUUUAUUAAUCAAGUCACCAAGGCAGGUAUCUUGUGCUGCAGACCUUGUGCUUCAGGUGCUGUCACAAAAAACCAAUCAUGCCAUGACCCAGCUACUCCCUCUUGCUCCCUUGCAAGCACCAGCACCUCUGCAGGCACAACGUGAACCCUUCAGGAAACGGAUACAGCUGCAAAAAAGGUCAGUAAUCUCCAUGCAUAAGUGGGGAUGCUCCCAGAAUCCCCAGGCUUCCCAGCCUUCAUGUGAUGAAGGAGAUGCAGCCAACACACCCCUUCCCAGCAUGGCUGCAGCAGAAGUAAGAAUCCCUGCAAACGGGUCAGCCAGCAGCACAGCAUCCUAGUGACCCAUGUGAAACAUUUAAUGGCACCUCCAGAGCAGGAGGACAGCCCACCACGCCAAGGCCAUGGUUGUAGGAGGCACCAAACCACCCUGAGCCCAAUCAAAACCCCUAGGGCCAACUCCAGCCACAGUGCUGGUGCAGACAAGCUCACACGGUCCCAAUAGGACAGUGCAGUCCUUCCAGAGUUUAUCCUGGCUCAAAUACAGACCCACUUCUUGUUGAUGAGACACAGCAUGCAUGACCUCUCACCACCAAGAAAGCCCUGGUGUGCAGCAGGAACCCAGCCACAGGCAGCACUACGUGGCCUCAUGUGACAAAGGUGCUGACAUGAGGAUUGUCUGGCACUGCCAGAUGAUCCAGGAGCACAGGGAGACCCGCCAGCUAACAAGCAUUACUUGUUCAGUCAGUCCAUGACAUUGGCAGACACCAAGAUAGCGUAAACAAGUAAAUCAAGCCAGAGGCAGUGGCACAGAAGGCAGGGUUUAUUUUCAGAUGUUCGAUAAUGCUAACAUACCAAUGUCUUCACACAAGAUCUCUCUGCAGCGCUUGUGAAGCUGAAUUCUGAACAAAGUUGGGGUGAUACCCUUGUUGACCACAUCACCAGGCUCUGAAAUGAGAUGCUCUCCUACAGCAGGCACAGCUGAGUGGAGACACCACUCUAAGAUAUUGAUUCGUUCUGGAAAACUGGAAAGCAACCAGCCAGCUACAGUGUGAGCAGUCGUCCCCCAGAGGCACCAGGUGUCAAUGAAAAAUGGAAUUUAAAGUUGUUGCUUCCAAAAAUGCUCCAAGUUGAAUUUUUUCUUAAAGAAAGAAGGCAGAAUUCCUCCUGCACAAGGUCUGAUAUUUCACAAUGACACCAAAAUAUGCAUAAAACCAGAUAAAAAGUACAAUUAAAUAUGUUUAUCUGCUCAUAUCACUUCUUAACUACUCUGAUCUCCUUACUC